GGUACCCCGGUAAAUACGGACAACCAUCUCUCCUGCCCACUCUGGUGAAGCGUAUCGAGCGGAGGGAGCUGCAACCAUGUCGAACCUUUACCUACUUCCAAUCUCCGUGUUUUUGCUGUUCAAUUUCACCUUCAUCGGCACGUACAUUGCCGCAGUACUGCAAGGGCAUGUGGUGCCGACGGUACCGUACAUCAGCGAUGCGGCCACCUACUCACCCGAAAGCUGCGUGUUUGGGCAGUUCAUCAACAUCGGCUGUGUGCUGCUUGGCAUCACAAUCUACGUGCGCUACCGGCAGAUACAGGAGCUGUCGUUCCGGCACAGUGACGUCCGGCAGGCGCUGGGCCGGUGCAGCGGCAUCGGCUUCUGGAUCGGUAUCGGCAGCUGUCUCGGCAUUAGCAUCGUCGGCAACUUCCAGGAGACGAACGUGCGGAUCGUCCACUACGUCGGCGCGUUCCUGAGCUUCGGGCUCGGCACGGUGUACUUCUGGAUACAGUCGUACAUCUCGUACUACAUCCAGCCGUACAUGGGCACGAUGCAGAAGGCGAACCUGCGCAUGGCCCUGUCGGUGGUGUGCACCGUGUUCUUCAUGAUCGUCGCGGUGACGGGCGUCAUCUCGCACAUUCUGUUCCGCGGGACGGACCCCCGCAAGUGGUACCCGUCGGACGGGGGCUGGGAGUAUCACGUGGCCAGCUCGAUCUCGGAGUGGAUCGUCGCGACCGCCUUCUGCUUCUACGUGCUCACGUUCACGGACGAGUUCCGCACGAUGCAGCUGGAUCAUCCGCCGCUUAUUCUGCUGGAAAUUGACUCGUCGCGAACGUACGAACCGGUCAUCAACGAUGCGCCCGUAGCCGUUAUCUCGUGAUUUGAAUCGCGGCACGAUGGCAACGAGCGCACCAGCCUGCGAGCAUCAACGCACAGCCUUAGCCGACCGGGCGCACCCGCUGACGACGAUGGGGGCGGGGGUGAGGACGGGGAUGGUGCUAGUAGCAACCAAAAACACCGUCCGGUGCGAUCCUUCAGCGAUACUGAUCUCAAACUGCUUUGCCGGCGCUGCUCCGAGCCGGUUCGGUUCGCCGGCGGCCAAAAGCGCUCCCCGGUGGCAAGGGGCACGCCCCGGUCCCAGCGCGCACCGUCGGCCGGGUGCAGUGUUGCGAACCAUCCGCCCGUCGCGGCGGGCAAGCUUGGCUCGCUGACACUAUCGCUGAUGCUCGUCGCCCUGAUGGAAGCACUGCACUCCCUUACCCUUUACUUUAGUGACAGCCUGCGGCAGAGCUACAUUUGAUCGUACGUCGUGUUCCGGUUUUCCACUUCCCCCUGCGACCGAUAGUGGUCACCCUGCACCCUAGCAAUCCCAUUUAGCGAUAUUAUAGGAAGGAAGUUAGUGUUGUUACAUGCACACUUUUAUUUAAUAUUUACAAGAAGAAGGCCACCAUGUUGGGGAUUUAGUGUGGCGAGGAGUAAUAUUAGGUUUGAACAAAAAGGCAA